AUGGCGUUUAAGGUUGAAGGCCGAGAGGACCUAGUAACACUAAAGAGAAACGGAGCCAGGCAGCGAAACUCGUUGAAGAGAAACAUUAAUGCACAGUUCCACAACUUGUCUGAAAGGAGAAGGAGGUGCAAGAUCAACGAGAAAAUGAAAUCUUUGCAGAAGCUGAUACCCAAUUCCAACAAGACAGAUAAAGCCUCAAUGCUUGAUGAAGCUAUAAAAUAUCUGAAGCAGCUUCAACUUCAAGUGCAGACUUUAGCUGUUAUGAAUGAUUUAUGCCUAAACCCUAUGCGACUACCACCAGUUCUACCGCCUACGCAGACAAGGUUCAAUGGAACCUUACAACAAGAGCAGCACUUUGCGACUCUGCUUGGUGCUCCUCACUCGAUGGUUAACCAUGAACCACCCCGAGCAACUCAGGAAAUGUGCUUUUCCACAGCCACUCUGCUUUGAAGACAAAGAUGAUUCGAAGUCAACAUCUCCGGCUUAGUACCCUACCAAACAGUAGUC